CUGCGAGGGAACCAGCUCCGGACACUGCCCUCGGAGGCCUUUGCAGGGCUGAGGGCACUCAAGGACUUGGACCUCUCAGACAACCUCCUGGAGGAGCUCCCCAAGGAGCUGCUGCAGGAUUUGCACAAGCUGGAGACCCUCUGGCUCUCAGGCAACCGCCUGCAGACCCUGCCCACCGACUUCUUCCCUGAGGGGCACCUCUUCGCGUACGUCUUCCUCACGGAGAACCCCUGGCACUGCGACUGCAACCUGCGCUACCUGCGGGCCUGGAUCCGGGAGAAUGAAGGCAGCGUCUAUCAGCCUGAGCGGGGCCUGAACGAGACAAAGGUGGAGGUUGCCCCUGAGAAGGUGUUGUGCCACAGCCCCCCUGAGCAUUGGCAGAGGCCCGUCAUCCGCUUCAAGCCCAGCUGUGGCAACGUGGGGGAUGCAGAUGAGGAGGAAGAGGAUGAAUACGAUGAUGGGGAAGAAACAAUGGUGAAAGCUACCAUGAUCACCCCCUUGCCCCCGCAUCCAUCCAUCCCCAAAGAGCACACUAUCAUGCCCCGUGCUGUUACCCAGCCUCCCCCUGCUCCCACAAGACCUCCCCUCAGCACCCCUUGUACCUCAACCCUCACCGUCAGUGCAAUGCCUGGAAGCACCAGAGCUCCCAGCACCACCACUCCUGUGCCAGCCAGGCCCACUGUCCCCCCCACCCAGACCCCUGGCACUUCCACCGCCCUCAUUGCUGCUCCCGCCAGCACCCUGCACAGAUCCACCGCCCUCAUCUCCACCACCUCACUGCCAACCACUACAAGCACCAGAAUUCCCAGCACCAGCAGCCGUCCCCAAACCACCCUCGCCACCAGAGCUACCAACACCUAUGCCGCUCUCACCGUACCCACUAGCGUGCUUUCCACCACCUCCAUGGCAGUGCCUUCUGCUGCCACGCCAGAGGCCUCCUCCAUUGUCAGAGCUUCAUCUCCUCCCCUGAUGUCAACCACACCAGUGGUCUCCACCACCACGCUUUCCACUCACAACCCAGCAACACCAGCUCCCCCGGACACCACACGCUUCACCCAGCCUACGCCUUCCCCUCCACCUGCAUCUCUCCCCCUCUGCCCCUGCUCCAACCCAGGGCUGGCCGUACCUCUGCUGCACUCGCGGGCAGGUGGGGAGGGUCCGCAGUGGGGGCAGUGGGUGCUGCGGCAUUGUUGUCUAUUGCACUGGGUGCUCUACCUGGCCUCCUUGACUCUGCUGGUCCUGCCCGUGCUGGCUCUAGCAGGCUGGCUGGCAUGGAUUUGUUUGGUGGGACGGUCCUGGUUCAAGUCCCUGCAGACCCAAGAGGUGCAGUAUCCGCUGCUGAGCUGGAGGGAGUCCACAGGAAGCCCUGGGAUGCAUCUCAGCAGCUUCAAAAGCCCCCUCCAGCGCCCCACGUUCUGUACCAUCAAGGAAGUAGAGUUGUGCCCUGAGGUCAUUUACUGCACAAUUAAAGACCUGGGGGUGCAGCGCAAUCCUCCCACAGGUUCCUCCUUCUGCACCACCAAGAAGGUGUGGGUCCACUGCCGUCCUCUGAAUGCCUCGUUCAAGUCUUUCUCCAGGAAGCUGGCCACAAACCUCAGCUCCCUGAGGACCCCGUCCGCUUACAGCCUGGACAGGGGUGUCAAGGCCAUUGGGUAUGUCAGAGUGAAAUAUGCUGGCAACACCUUGUAA